UCCAUCUUCGUCGCCGCUUUCCCGAUCCUCGACGCCGAAACCAUCUCUUAAUCUCCAGUGAAUAAUGGAAAAUCAACGGGCAUUACCACCAGUGGAAAGCGAAGCAGAAGAAGCUACACUCAACCACAGCUCUCUAAUUAGCACUUUUUGUGAAAUCACUGCCGCUUCUAAAUCGGAAGCCCAAUUUUACUAAGAAUCCCACAAUUUUAAUCUCAAAGCCACCAAUCCCUCCACCGUAGUCGCCACUGCUGCCGUGAAUGAUACUCAGCAACCUUGAUCGCCAACUCAGUCUGAGUCCUACUCUCCUUCACAGUCUCAAUCUCAGUCUUCGAGUCCUUCUAACUCUCGAUCACUAUCUCCUCUACCUCCUUGCCAUUCUCAGUAUAAUCUAAGGUCGUCGAAUUCGAAAAGCUCCAUCGGUGGUACCGGAGCUAGUGGGUGGAGAGGAGAAGUGAGACUAGGACGCUUGUUGAUCUCAAUCGGUAGCCGAUAUGUGAUGAUGGUUCUGAUGACGACUCUGAUGAGCCUCAAGAGUAUUAUACCAGUGGAGAAAAAAAGUGGAAUGCUUGUUCAAGAUCCAUUCAAAGCAAAUGACAUUGAUGCAAUAUUCAAUCAAGCAAGCCAGGCCGAAGCUGUUGAAAGAGCUGUUGAGCACCUUCGGCCGUCUUCAAGUUCAAGAAGCUUUACAGGAACCGCAAGAUUACUUUCUGAUGAUGGUCCCUUGCCAAGAUUAGAUGAUCCAGCAAAUGCAUCCUUUUUGGAGAGCAUCGGGAGGUCUGAGUGCCCCAGGGAGUUGCAGCCAGCAAAUAAAGGUGCUGCAAUCCAUGUUAAUCUCCUAAGAAAGGAAGAAAACUACACUAUAUGUGCUUACUCCUCCAUCUUCCCAUUGUUGGUCUUCAACCUGUGCUACUACAAUUUCACAUUGAUUUUUCACUGCCUCUUCCUUGAUUCCCUCUUAUACUUUUUAACUGAAAUAAUUCUCCAGGUACCAGACAGGGGUCAUCUCCCAUUUCAGGGAGUUGGAAGAACCUUAGAUAGCAGCAGCAAUAUCACAUCCAUGGAGCCAACUGUUGUUGUCUCUUCUCUUAUUACUGCUCCAGCCCCAACCACAAGCCUAGUAGUUGAUCAAACCACUACCUUCUACGUUGAUUCAGCUAAAGUUGGCAGAUGGUACAUGAAAGGUAUCAUGUUUUAACAAUCACCACAUAAUAAGAGAUAUCUGCGGCUUCAUAGAAGCGUCAAGGCCUAGUGGAUCCGGGGCUUACCAACUUCAAACGGUUGGGUUUCCAUCGAAAUAGUUGACUGCUUUGGAUCAGACUAUUGAACAAGCUGGACUGGCAAACUCAGUUGUUAUCCAAAAACUUAAGAUUUAAAUUAGGCAGAUUAUACCAGUUACAUUGUGAAGCUGAAAUCUAUUUUACAUCAUUUGAUUUAUUAUUUUUUUGUAUACAUGGAAUUCAACUUAUGUUGCAUCAUAAUAUAUAGUUGCUUUCUUCGAUUACUUUCGCCUUACCAAGGGAAAGCUUGUGCGCUUGCAGAAAUGAGCAGA